AAGUUGCAAAGUAUGUUGUUAUAAAUUUAUAUGUUUGUAUAGAAAGAUUACGGUUAUGCCAAGAAAAGAUAUGUUGAAAUAUAAGAACACGGAAAUUUGUGGUUUACAUGCAUCGUCAGCGUGUGUUGAUGAAUAAAUAUACAAGGAUUCUGUUUAACGUUUCAUUUAUUUCAUGCAUAAUUUGUGACGUUACAUAAUGUAUGAAAAAAUGAUGAAAUCAUUUGCAAUGAAAAGAAGCUGAGUUAAACAAUAUGGAAAUUUCACAAACGAAAGAAGUAAGAAAAUGAAUGUUAUAAAAAUAUUGCUUUCGCAAUGUGUUUUAUUUUAUUUCAUGUUGUUCAACUGUUGUAGGUUAACGACAUAUUGUUUUGCAUUUUUUAUUUUUUCUACACUUUGUUUAUACAAAAAAAUCUUUAUUCGAAUAAUUUAAACGUGUCGUUUGUCAUAGUUCAACACAAACUCGAUGAAAAUAUGUAGGCAUUAAAAAUACAUGCACACGUGACACGUACGCAAUGCAUGGUAUUCUGUCUAAUAAUUUAUCGUGUCUAUUUCAACUUUCUUGUUGCGAAUACGAGAAUAUCUCUCCUAAUUCUAUCCCAUUUUAGUUUCUUACGCAUCAGUUCAUCUCGCUUUAUUCCGGCAACAAGAAUAGAUAUCUUACUAAGAAUCCGCCAUGAGUCGAGCUCUUUACACUUAUCUCGAACACGCAUGCGCAGUACGACAGUGCACGUUGGUGCAUGUCGGUGUGCAGAGUGGUGUGUAAGGCGGUAUUUUGUUAAAAAAAAACUGGCGGUCUCGUUGGGUUAAAAAUUUUGCAAAUGUUAUCGACAAGUAAUUAACAGUGCGCCCAAAUGGAUCGCCUGUCUAUUCAUCGUUGCGACGAGUAAUAUGAGUGAGUGAGCAUGAAUGCAACAUUACUAAAAGUUUUCAGUAACGUUUCCCUUGGGAAAGAAUGUAAAAACCAUGGCUGGAAAUAUCGAUACGAUAUUACGAUCGAUGCAUCGAAACUGAGCUGACGGUAUGAUAAAAUAACACAGUAAAUAAGAUUAAAUAAACAUUAUGUGAAAUUCAUUUGAUCGAUGCUUCUAGUCAGGUGUAUCGAUAUCUUCUUUACAUUGCUAUAUUGUUUGCAUACUUACUUGCAAGGCAAGAAGCUGUGCCUUGAAUGUAUGCAGUGGAGUGCAGCCCCUCCAACUCGAGUUCUCGUUGCAACGUUCUCCGGUUUCUUCAAUCACAUUUUUUUCCUUACGGUGCUAAAUAAUACGUUUAAACAGAAACCAUUUCAAAGAAUGCUAACUUUAUUUCAUAACUGCUUACGAUAAGAAUGAGUGAGUAUUCUCGUGGAGUAUAUGGACGGUUUGAACGACUGUGUACUUUCGUGUGCUUAUCUCUCUUGUAAAACUUAAACCGGAGCGUAAUGAAACUCUUGUAUUUCUGAUAAAAUAUAUUACACACUUGGACGGUCUACCUGUAUGAAUUGUAUAUGUAUACAGUGUGUAUACAUUAACACCUUCAAAUGUGUACCUGCACGUGUAUUUAACUAAUGUGUUCGAGAUAAUUCAGGUAGAAAGAUUACACACAUACGUCAUGUUGCGUCUAACGCAUUGAGAACGAAUUUUUUUUGUAAUUCAAGAAUUCAAUGAAUAGUAUAAAAAAUUCGGUGACGCAGAUAUUUUUUUAUAUUUUCGUGUAUGUGAAAUGUAAUAUCUUGUAAGUACGUAGUAGAUAAAUUAUGUGAAAGAUACCUGACAGUUUUGAAAUAGAGAAUAGUAUCUUUGUGAAUAGCAGUCUGGAGACCACUGCCACACCAUGAAGAUGAGUUUUUCUUUAUCUUCGCUUCAACCACUAGGCCAUGGUUUAGAAAAGCAUGGCCAGGUGGGGAUAGCGAUUGAAAGGCCAUACAACAGUCUCACAAAAAAGAGGAAAGAUCCAAAGCAAUUUCACAAUCAACGUUUAUGGACAAAUCGUGAGGAUUGCAAAGAUGAGUUUUGGGCAGCAAUACGAUCUAACUAUGACUAUAUUAUGGACACUAAUUUGAUAGAUAGUUGUAGAGAAGCUAAUGGUGAAUUAACAUGGGAUGAGACUGAUGUAUCUACACAAUCAUGGAGUUUCAAAGAAGUUAGUAGUCAAUUUUCAGAAUUAUAUUCGUGGCUGAGGGUUCUUCAAGAAUUGGUUUACUGCAAAGAAGAAAAUUUAUUGGAUAAAAGUCUGCGUGCGGCUCACAUGGAGGAGCUGCGACGUAGGGCAUAUAGAAGAAAGUUGUUUAAUGAACAGGCUGGAAAAUUAGUGUCACGUGCCCCUGCUUUGAAAGAUGAAGUAGCGUGGCGUGUUGAUCAUUUAAAUGCAAAAUGGGAAUUAGUUGAACAAAUUAUGGCACCUGUUGAGCGGCCUGUAUCUAAUCGGCAGGAUAUAUCAGCAGAUUUUGAACAUGAAGUAAAAUGUUUGAGGAAAUGGCUCCGUGAAAUGGAAUCCCGCCUUCAACCUUUGAGCUUUCAUGUAGAUUGGACGUUAGCAGAGCUCGAGGAAAAAGCAGUAGAGCAUAUGGUACUCCAACGAGACAUAGAGGCACACGGUCGAAUCGUCAGUUCGGUCGUGAAAUUGGGGGACAAGGUUUUCAAUCAACAGCAGAAAGAGCUGCAGCAGCAGCAGCAGGAACAGGAUCGAGAGAAGAACGAGGAACAGGAACAACGGGAACUGUCACAGGCUCUGCGAACAUCGAAAUCUCUGGAACGCCGAUGGCAUCUGCUGUUUCUACGAGCUUUGGAAUGGCAGUGUCACAUCGAAACUCUCGUGUCUCGCAUAAGCAGUAAGAAUUCGGUGGCCUGCCGCUACAGCAGCGACAGCGACGAGGAGCCAGUCACGAAGCAGCCACGGCUCAGCCGUAAACACUCUAAAACAUCUGGAAAGGAGUUGCUGGGUCAGUCGACUCGUUCGUCGCGUACCAGACGCCACAGAACACCGAGAUCGCGAUACCACGAGGAUCCCGCCGCUAGUAGAGCCGACCUGUCCGACACCGACGCGUCUUCCGAGAAUCGAUCGAUCGGCGAUGGAUCCUACUUCGAGGUGCGUAUUCCCCAGGGACUUUCGGUUGGAGUUGUUGUUGGAGUUGUCCAUCUUGCAGACGCGUUUGCUGGGAAUGUACACGUUUGAGGAGA